AGUGGCAAUCCACGGGCCACGGCUAUCAACUUGUUCCUCAAGAAGAAAAAGAGGAAGAGGAAGAGGAAGAGGAGGAGGAAGACGAGCUCGGCAAUGGCGAAGAGGCUGCUCCCGACGCUGAACCGGGUGCUGGUGGAGAAGCUGCUGCAGCCCAACAAGAGCGCCGGCGGCAUCCUCCUCCCCGAGACCACCAAGCAGCUGAACUCUGCAAAAGUAGUGGCUGUUGGCCCUGGUGAACGUGACAGGGAUGGCAAGCUGAUCCCUGUAUCUCUGAAAGAGGGUGACACUGUUCUGCUACCUGAGUAUGGAGGAACCGAAGUGAAGCUUGCUGAGAAAGAGUACCUUCUUUUCAGAGAGCACGACAUACUCGGACGGCUUGAGGAGUAACUCGGGUUUGCCAACUUGCCAUGACCUCCGUGUUUUUUUUUCUAAUCAGACACGCUGGGAUGUAAGCGUGACGUUUUUUUUUUGCCUAUAGGAGCAAAAGCGUUCACUGAAUUUUUAUGAUGUCGUCGUCCCAUCAUGAAAAUUACUAAAACUGAUGAAACCUGCUCGUUUUUUCGUGCCUUAUUCAUUGGAUCAAAGAGGGGAGCAACGUUCAUGCGCAUAUGCCGUUCCUGUCGUUUUCAGCAUUUUCAGCAUACGACCAUUCGCGUGUUGAAUUCUCGUAGUAGUGUAACAAAGGAGAUCAUCAGGCCAUGUUUUCUUCAGUCAAAUCGUCGUUUCUAUUGGCCCUCUUUUUUUCUCGUCUGCUGAUAGCACGAGCUUAUUGUUUUAUUGAAAAAUCAGGUAAGGUGACAUUUACGCGCUGCAAAUAUACAAGGUUCUGGGAUGAAAAAUGUUUAUUUGACCACCCUCAAUUUAUGGACCGUA